CACACCCAUCGGCGAGCGGAUUCGGGGCAGCGAGUCGUCGGCGCCGCGCUCGAGCCUCCGCCGGCACCGAGCAGCGGGACCCGGGCCGCACCGGGGAGGGGCCGCUCCGGGCCGCAGCGCGAGGGCAGCGAGGGCGGCGGGGACGGGCACCGGCGCGGCCGGCGGCAGCGACCAUGAUCGCUUUGUUCAACAAGCUGCUGGACUGGUUCAAGGCCCUGUUCUGGAAGGAGGAGAUGGAGCUCACGCUGGUCGGGCUGCAGUACUCGGGCAAGACCACCUUCGUCAACGUGAUCGCGCCUCUUAGCCUGUGGCUGUCAGGGAGGGCGCGUCUGGGUCCCGUCGAUUUUUGCACCUUUUCCAAUUCUGACUCUUCCUUCCAGUCCGGACAGUUCAAUGAGGACAUGAUCCCCACCGUGGGUUUCAACAUGCGCAAAAUCACCAAAGGGAAUGUGACCAUCAAGCUCUGGGACAUUGGGGGACAGCCCCGUUUCCGCAGCAUGUGGGAGCGCUACUGCCGAGGAGUGAGUGCCAUCGUAUACAUGGUGGAUGCUGCUGACCAGGAGAAAAUUGAGGCCUCCAAGAAUGAGCUCCACAACCUACUUGACAAACCUCAGCUGCAGGGCAUCCCGGUCUUAGUCCUGGGUAACAAGCGAGACCUCCCGGGAGCCCUGGAUGAGAAGGAGCUGAUUGAGAAAAUGAAUCUGUCUGCCAUCCAAGACCGAGAGAUCUGCUGCUACUCCAUCUCCUGCAAAGAAAAGGACAACAUUGAUAUCACCCUACAGUGGCUUAUUCAACACUCAAAGUCACGGAGAAGCUGAGACUGUGGCCCUCCUCCCUUGGACCAGGGACCGUCCUCAUCUAAACCUGAAGCCGAGCUCCCCACCCGCCCCUGUCGCCCCCCCCCAGCCCACCCCUCCUCACUUGGUGUGGGGAGGGGCCUCUGGGGAUCCCAGAGUCCUAUUCUGCUGAGGUUUGAACUCCUGUUUUUAUUGUAAAAUAAAUUGCCCCCCAUUCUGGUCCCCUAACCUGUCACCCUCCCCUCUCUCUUUGUCCCUUCACCCAGCCCUGCUUCCCUCCCCUCUCAACAGCCCCAGCCCCGCAGCGCUGCCCUCCCCUGUCCCAGUCCUAUGCUUCCCUUUCCAACACUCUGUUAUUGUCCUGUGUGUACAGUAUAUAUAUGUAUAUAUAUUUUAAUUUUUUAAUUUAAGCAAAGACUAAAAUCAACCAUUUGAUGCUGCAGGGGCCAUUCAGGAUCUGGGAGGGGGGUGGUCUGGGAGAAGGAAAGAGAUGCAAGGUUGGCUUGGGGCAAAUUCAGAUCAGGAAGGUGGAGGCCAUCACUUGGGGCAGGUCCUGGUGGCCGCCCCCAUGUCCUGUGUGUGUGUUUCCACCUCCCAAUCUGGCUCAUCCCUGCAGUGCUUCAAUGCCACAGGCUGGUGGAAGCCCCUGGAGGCGCCUCCUCUCUGCCCCCAGCCUUGGUAGGACCACCAGGCACAAUGGGGUACCAGAGACCACCAGGCCGAGGGGCAGGAAUCCAGCGUCCAUGCCACCCCAGCAGUCCCCUCCUGCCUGUUCCUGACUCUAGUUCCUGCCCCUCCCCAGGGCCCUGAUCCCCAUGGCCCACCUCACUUUCUGUUCUCAUUUUGCCGAGUUGCACAAGGAGAGAACUCAGCAUGGGGGGUUGGUUCUUUGGGUUUUGGGUUUUUUUGUUUAUUUGUUUAAUUUAAUGAUUUGUAAAGUGAUGUUCCUCUUCCUUUUUUUACACUUUUCAGCUCCUAUUUAACCUCUGUUUGGAAAAUGAUUCUUGUAACUACAUUUUUUUGCCUCCUAAUAACAAUGACAACAACAGCAAAAAUAA